AAAAUUCGAAUUCAGUUUCCGAUCGAGCGUCGCCUCGGACGCUCGUAUCUACGACCAUCAUCUAGACAUUAACAUUUAUUUUGUUUAUUAUUAUUUUUAUACGGUGGCUGUGAUAAGUGACAGUUCAGUAACUCUCGAGUUUUAAUAGGUCGAAAGCGCACAGAAAUGUUUAUAGACGAGAAUGAGACGCCGGAAUCAUGGUGGGUAUCAGCAGUGCUGCGGACGAUCCGCGCGGUCGCGUUGGUCUUCGACAUCAUCACCUUCCCCAUACACCUCCUCAUCCAGCGACCGUGGAGGAAACGAGAGCUAUCGCGUCGAAUCAAGGCAAAAAUAAUAGAAACAACGUCAGACAGCAUAACCGUCAGAUCCGUGUCGGAGCCCUGCGACCUGCACCUCCGCCUCGUGAAGGACGGGGUGACGACCAUGGAGAGCAUGCUGCGCGCCGCCGCCGCGCGCUGGCAGGAGCGGCCCUGUCUCGGCACGCGCGCCGUGCUCAGCGAGGAGGACGAGCCGCAGCCUAAUGGCCGGGUCUUCAAGAAGUACAAAAUGGGCUCGUACUCGUGGCGCUCGUACAGCGACGUGAGCGCGGAGGCGCGCCAGUUCGGCGCCGGCCUGCGCGCGCUCGGCUGCGCGCCGCGCGAAAACGUCGUCAUGUUCGCCGAGACGCGCGCCGAGUGGAUGCUCGCCGCGCACGGCUGCUUCACGCAGAGCAUUCCCGUUGUGACAAUCUACGCGACUUUGGGCGACGAGGCCAUCGCUCACGGCAUCAACGAGACGGAGGUGUCCACUGUGAUCACGACGCACGAGCUGCUGCCCAAGUUCAAGAAGAUUCUGGCCAAAACGCCACGUGUGAACACUAUCAUCUUCAUGGAGGACCAGCUGAAGACUACGGAGCGGGACGGGUACAAGGAGGGCAUCAAUAUUGUCGGUUACAAGGAGGUGCUCGAAAUGGGAAAGACAUCCAAAAUAGAGGCGGUGACGCCGUCCGCGUCAGACACGGCCAUCAUCAUGUACACGUCGGGCUCCACGGGCGUGCCCAAGGGCGUGAUCCUGUCGCACCGCAACAUGGUGGCCACGCUCAAGGCCUUCGCCGACGCCAUGCCCAUCUACCAGGGAGACGUGCUCAUGGGCUUCCUGCCAUUAGCGCACGUCUUCGAGCUGUUGGCUGAGAGCCUCUGCAUCAUCGGAGGAGUACCAAUUGGGUAUUCAACUCCACUCACAAUGUUGGAUACAUCAAGUAAAAUUAUGAAAGGAACAAUGGGAGACGCUACAAUACUCAAACCCACUUGCAUUACAACAGUACCGCUCAUCAUGGACCGCAUCAGCAAGGGCAUCACGGACAAGGUGUCGCGCAGCGGGCCGCUGGCCGGCGCCUUCUUCAAGUGGGCGUACGCCUACAAGCAGGCGUGGCAGCGCCGCGGGUACGACACGCCCGUACUGGACCGCGUCGUGUUCCAGAAGGUGCGCAUGCUGCUGGGCGGUCGCGUGCGGCUCAUGAUCUCGGGCGGCGCCCCGCUGGCUCCCGACACGCACACGCAGGUGCGCCUGUGCCUGUGCUGCGACGUGGUGGCGGGCUACGGACUUACCGAGACCACCUCCUGCGCCACUGUUAUGGACCCGCUCGACAGGUCGACGGGUCGCGUGGGUGCGCCCACCACCGGCACAGACAUCAAGCUGGUCAAUUGGGAGGAAGGCAACUACCGCGUUGAAAACAAGCCCUACCCGCAGGGCGAGAUAGUGAUCGGCGGCGACUGCGUCGCGGAGGGCUACUACCGGAACGCACAGAAAACGCGUGAGGAGUUCCUGGACGCGGCCGGCCGGCGCUGGUUCCGCUCCGGAGACAUAGCAGAGCUGCAUCACGACGGCUGCAUCAAAAUUAUAGAUCGCAAGAAGGACCUGGUGAAGCUGCAGGCGGGCGAGUACGUGUCGCUGGGCAAGGUGGAGGCGGAGCUGAAGACGUGCCCCAUCGUGGAGAACAUCUGCGUGUACGGCGACAGCUCGAAGACGUACACGGUGGCGCUGCUGGUGCCCAACCCGCGCCACCUGGGCGAGCUGGCGGCGCGCGCCGGGCUGCCCGCGCUGCCCUUCGCGCAGCUGUGCCGCGCGCCCGCCGCCGAGCAGGCCGUGCUGCGCGAGCUGGCCGACCACGCGCGCAAGUGCGGCCUCGAGAAGUUCGAGGUGCCGGCCGCCGUCAAGCUGUGCGCCGAGGUGUGGUCGCCCGACAUGGGGCUCGUCACGGCCGCCUUCAAGAUCAAGCGGAAAGACAUCCAGGAGCGCUACAAGGAGGACAUCAAGCGCAUGUACGCGUCGUGAGCGCCCCCCGCGUACCUCUCGACGAACGAUCGUUUGCAUGAUUUAUUUUCGGUGAUUUUUUCGUAAGUUUUGUUUCGUCCGAGUCCUUCGAGAUUGGGAGGUGUCCUUGUAUGAUUAUUUGUAUAUCGAGCACAUCACAUGUAACUAGGAGAUUGUAUAGAGAAAUUAUUGUAUUGCCAAAUUCGUAUCGGAGAUUGUAGACUAGCAGAACUUAUUUCAAUCGUCGAUCGUUAUGAUUUAUAAAUUAGAAGCGAACCUACGCUUUCGAUUCGUUUAGUUUCUACGUGUUAAAUUUCGAUAAGUCUGUACAUAUUUAUUUAUGAUUAAUGAAAUUGUAGUUUGUAUAUUCGUGUAAAUUUUAUCGCGACGUCGCGACUGAUUAAUGAUAUUUGUUGCUUCUCGUCGAAAUCUAUAAAAAAAAUAUAUGAAUAGCAUAGAUAAUUAUAAAUUUUAUAGAUCUGAUGUCGAUUGGAUGUACACAAGUGAGACUAGAUUUUUAUGAGGCACACCGUUGCGCGGUUUGCGGAUCGUCUCCAUGCUACGGCUGGAUGGCCUUGCCAUGUGUUGGCGUCUGACCGCGCGACGCGUCUUGCUACGUCUCGUAUGUACAGUUAGUUACGGCAGCGUUCGCGCACAGAACAUGUCCACAGACAAUAGUUCCGUGACUCAUUUGUAUAAAUAAACUUUUGACCUUGUUAGGCUAAGUUAUCGUUUUAGUACUUAGGGGGAGGGGCAUACGCAACUGUUGUAAUAAUUCCGUAAUAAUGCUUUUAUUUAAUAUAAUUUCGUCUGUGGCGAAUCAUCAGCAUAAUCAACCAAGUGGUUUUAGUUUGUAAGCGAGGGAUCGCUUGUAGCUAUUUGUAUAAAUAUUACGAAGGGUCUAUGUUCGAAUUGUGUAAAAUUGUUGAUUAUUAUUAUUUUUCCGUGUAACUGUGGUUAGUAGGGACUGCGCGUUAUCUUUAAAAAAAUCUUUCUUAAAAUUAAUUAAUACUAAUCAUGUCUUGGAAAUCGCAGUCGUAACCGAUAUUGAGGAGCAUUUUGUUUAACGCUUGUCGCAUUUGCCAGGCAUUUAUACCUUAUAAUGAUAAUCCGUUAAAUAUACUGACUGUAUAAAAUAUUAUUAAUCAAAGGAUACUCUACUGCUGCCUUUAGACUUUCUUGUUUAAAGAUAGCAAUCGAGUCAAGUUUUACUGUAAACAAUAUUAUUGUAUUGAAGAUAUAAAUUUCAUUGAUAUAUUUCGCGUGGUAUAUCUAUGUGAGUUACCGUAAUCGGUAGCGUCAUAUUUUUCGAUGUAAUCGUUUUGAAUAAAUAAAAUUGGAUGUUUCAUAAUGUAAGUAGAAGUCAUUUGCUCAGUUCAUGUUUACGUUUGAAAUUCAUUAAAAUUUCAAUAACAUUUUUGUAUUAUUUAUUCAAUAAAUGUUUAUAAAAUCA